AUGUGUGAGGCAGCAUAUGAUAACUAUACAGAAAAUCCAGAAGCAUUUAUGGAAUUUUUGGAGGAAGUAGAGAAACCGUUGUACAAUGGAUGUAAACGUUACACAAAGUUGAGUGCACUUGUGAAACUGUACAAUACGAAAGCAAGGUAUGGGAUGAGUGAUGCUCUAUUUUCAGAUCUACUAAUGGAUUUCGGGGAUAUGCUGCCAGAUAAUCAUAAUCUGCCAUCAAAAAUGUAUGAUGUAAAAAAGACAUUGAGUUGUUUGACGUUGAGUUAUGAAAAGAUCCAUGCUUGUUCUAAUGAUUGCAUCCUUUAUAGGAAGCUAUAUAAAGACUGCAUAAGCUGCCCUAAAUGUGGCUUGACACGGUGGAAGCUAACUAAGAAUAAUGUUGAGAAAAAAGGUGUUCCUGCCAAAGUGGUGUGGUAUUUCCCUCCCAUACCUAGAUUUAAGCGCAUGUUUAAAUCUUUAGAGACCUCAAAAAAUUUAACAUGGCAUGCCGACACUAGAGGAGUUGCUGGUCAGUUACGUCAUCCGGCUGAUUCACCAUCUUGGAAGUUGGUGGAUCAUAUGUGGCCCGACUUCGAAAAUGAGCCAAGAAAUCUUCGCUUAGCACUUGCAGCUGAUGGCAUUAAUCCUUAUAGCAACCUUAGUAGUCGGUACAGUUGUUGGUCAAUCAUGUUGGUCACCUAUAAUUUGCCUCCCAACAUGUGUAUGAAGAGGAAAUUCAUUAUGCUCACUAUGCUCAUUUCAGGACCUAAACAGCCAGGAAAUGAUAUAGAUAUCUAUCUCGAGGUGUUAGUUGAAGAUUUGCAACGAUUGUGGGAAGGAGUUGAUAGUGUAUAUGAUGCUUAUCGAAGAGAGUUUUUCACUCUUAAAGCAGUCUUAUUAUGGACCAUCAAUGACUUUCCAGCCUAUAGUAACCUUAGUGGAUGUACUACACAUAGGUAUUAUGCAUGUCCACUAUGCAGAGAAGAUACUUAUGCAAAGUAUUUGGAAAAUGGGAAGAAAAUGUCAUUUGUUGGUCAUAGACGAUUCUUACCGCGGUUUCAUCCCUAUCGAAGGCAAAUGAAGGAGUUCAAUGGCAUGGAAGAACAUGGAGAAGCUUCUACACCAUUAUCUGGGGUUACCUUGUUUAACAAGCUUUCAGACAUAAGGUGUGACUUUGGAAAGAAGAUUAGUGUAACAGGUAAAAGGAAAAAAAAUGCAAAAGAGAAUAAUGUGACAGACAGUAAAGAAGAAAAAGAUUUCAAAAAAUGUUGGAAGAAGAAGUCAAUUUUUUCAAUCUUCCUUAUUGGAAACACUUGCAUGUUAGGCAUUGUCUCGAUGUGA